AUGGAGGCUGCACAUGCUUCACAUGUUGCAGAUGAGGAAGACCUCACUCAAAACCAUCCACAAAGUCAGCCUGAUCAGAAUAACAUCAAUGAUGGCAACACUACAACAAAUGCUUCACCCCCUAAUGGAGCCACCAUUCCAGCAGCAACCAACUUGGUUGGUCCAACAACUAGUUCAGAACCAGCACCUGCACCAAAGAGGAGAGGCAGACCAACUUUUGUAAGGGGCAACUCAGUUCCACCAAGAGGAAGAGGCAGCACCACUCGAAGAAGAAUGGCAGCCACUACAACACCUCCAACUCCAGCACAAAAUGCAGCAGCUGCACCACUACCCCCUGCUCAACCUAGGGUUGUCAGGCAUGAUGUUGGGUCUAGAUCCCAAAUUCCUGCAUCUCCAUCCAAUGUUGGGUCAUUGCCUCAAGGUCCAUUACUUAGGCCCACUCAUCAGGCCCAACCUACAGCACCAUUUAAGCCACCAACUGUGACUAGGGAGACCAUGGCAGCAGCAAGCCCAGCCACACAGAGCAGGUUCACAAGCUUCAUGUCCACCCCAUCCUUGAAGAAGAAAAAGCCAUCCAGACCACCACCAUCAAAGCCAUCAACAAAUGACAAGAAAUGA